AUGGUUCAUCGGUGUGUAAUUUACCACUCCAAUUCAACUAAAAAUCCAAACUAUAUUUUCAUCGGUAAGUUUCCAAAAAAUCCUGAAAAACGCGAAGUAUGGAUUCAUAAGCUUGAUUUAAAAAUGCAUGUAAAAGAUUGGCAUCAAAUAUGCAGCUUACAUUUUUCUCCAAUGUGCUAUGUAUUUAGCAAUGCGAGGAAAAUAUUAAAAUUGAAUGAAGUACCAGUUAUUCAUGAAGUAGGAGAAAAAUUGAAUAAUGUUGCAAUACUACCAGAUUUAUCUUUAACGCCAGAAGAUUUUAGUUUGACUGCCUCUGUUUCACAAAAAAAAUUUACGAUAAAAAGAAAGUUCCAUUCUUCUUCAAGAGUUGGCGAUUUGGAUGAAGAUGACUUUAUAACACUUAAUAGAACGAAGCGUAAUUUGACGGUAGUUAAAAACUCAAUUUUUAAUCUUCGUCGUAAAAAUAAGUUAUUACGCAAAAAAAAAUGUGAGGCUACCAAAAAAAGCAAAAAUCUGUCCAAUAUAAUUAAUCAACUUAAAGAAAAGUGUAUGAUAUCAGAUGUUGCAGCUAUACACUUGGAGGUAUUAAUUUUGUUAUAUUCUUAA